AUGAAAAGUGUCUUCCUUCGAGCGGAAGAGGUUUCAGAGAUUUGCUGUGGGCUGGAACGUUUUGUAAACUCAGCCCAUGCACCACGGCAGUUCCUCUCGGAAGGUGUCAAAUUUAAGAAGUACCCCUGGGACUUCAAAGUUUUCGAGAUCCCACGACGUGAAGGAGCGACUUUCUCUGGUGAAUGGAUUCACUUCACCCUGUGGAAGAAAGACCUCACAACGAGAGAUGCCCUCGCGGAGAUAUCUAGAAAGACUGGUAUCAGUAUGAAAGAGUGGUGUGUUGCCGGUUGGAAGGACAGGAAGGCGAUAACGACUCAAAGAGUAUCCAUCAGAGCUGAAUUGGAGAACAAAUUGAAGUCGUAUGAGAAUGGUAACUCGAUACGGCUGUCCGAUUUGAGCGUGGGAGAACAGUUGAAGGCUGGUCACCAUGACGGCAAUCGAUUCCAAAUAACUCUUCGAGAUUUCCCUUUCACGUUGUCCUCGCCAGAUUUCGACGCGGUUGAAGCCCUGCUGGAUAGCAUCAAAAACAAUGGUGUUUUCAAUUACGCUGGACUGCAGCGGUUCGGCGCCUUUGGCCAAGCUUUUCGUAUCGGUCGUCAUUUGAUCGCUGAGAGAGCGGAUCUCGCUGUGGGUGCGCUUCUUGAUCCAGCCAUGACCCCACUUAGCUCACCUAGUCGUUGUGUGCUCGAAGAAUGGCAUCGAACUCGAGAUGCCAAAUCGGCGAUAUCACUUUCAUCAGGGAGGGUUAGAGAGUUGGAGUAUGCGCUACUGAAGCGGCUGGCAGGUGACUGUCGCAAUGAUCUUAACCGAGCGUUAAGAACGACCAUACCGAAGGAGCAUCGGAGGUUCUAUAUGCACGCGUAUGGCUGCUAUCUGUGGAACCGAAUGGUGAGCCAGUGCGGUACGGAAGUCGGUGACAAGUUGCCAAUCCUUGGUGCCGGGAUCGAACCUGCGUUCUUUGAUUCACAAGGUGGGCGCAUUCUCCAAGCACUACUGGUCGAAGACGGGUUGCUCACAGCCUCUCAAGAUCUGAAAGGUUUCUGCGAAGACUUGGGCCCGAGAUUGAUGUUGAUGGCUAAGAUGAGGCCGGUGCUCAUCACGCCAGAGGACUUUACUUGGCGGUGGGUGACACAUCAACCUCGAGACAAUCGUGACCUAUGGCAGACAGUUGAAGAGGGUGAUGGCUUGUCACUCCUCUUGGAGUUCGUUCUUCCAGCUGAUUCCUUCGCAACAUCAGUUGUAAGGGAGAUCACUGGGGGAUUAGAUGCCUCGUCUGUACCGAAGAGUGUCCAUGAAUUAGAUGUCUGUGUGCGGGGUACUUGA